GAUAGGAGGUGGAAAUCUGAAUCAGUAAUACACAGGGAGCCUGCAGCUCCGGAGUAAACCCCUUGGAUCAAGACGGACUGACACACACUAAAUUUAAAGCACAGAGCACAGGCUGCAGGUGUUCCCUUGGUCUUCAGGGAAACUACUGUGGGACUGUAUUGGCACAACAAUGAUAACUGAGCAACUUUUUCUGAACAAGAAGCGAAGGCAAGGAGUGUGUCCCAGGGCUGUACAGCAUGUGGACAAGGCUGCAGGUAAGCUGCUGUGUCUGAACUAACAGAGCUGGUUACUUUCACACACAGUGUUGGGGACCCUGCUGAUCCCUGAGGUACAGAACAAAUGGUGAGCAGACAGCUGCAGCUGAAGGGUUAUUUUGGAAAAUGGCUAUUUGGCACCUUUCUAGAAAACAAAACCACCAAGUUUCCAGGCAGAAGGUGAAGUGCCCCAUGCCUUGUUGGAUCAGCUGGGCAUGCAUCACCUCCCUGCAUCUUCAUGUCUUCUUGUCACUGGAAGAACUGAGCCACCAACAGACAGGGAAGGAAGUACUAUUGUUCCUAACGGUGACCAUCUCCAAAUGCUCCACAGGCUAUCCCCUUCCCAUAGGUGCUGAGGAUCAAAACCCUGUCCUGUCUGCUCUCCCGAUGGUUCCUAAAGCAUGAGCACACCUCUGAAAUCUGCCCCAAUCUCCACAUGAUAUGCAACCCAGAUGGAUCCUGAACCAGGAGCAAGUUUCAGGUAUGCAGUAACCCCAGAUGAACUUGCCCAAGAUGUUGCUAAAAGACAGCAAUUUUAGCAUCUCCAUGUUCUACUGCGCAGUUUGCCAUGCAGUCUUCCCACCUCUCAGGCAGAAGACAGUACCUUUAUCACCAUUUUGUGGGAAGGGCAAUGCCUGUAAGUGUUGCAGGGCAGUCUCCAGCAGACAUUUCAGUAGUGCCUACAGAUAUUUUAUUGGCAGUUGCCAACAUUACCUCUGUGUGGCAGGGAUCUAGUAAAGGCUUGGUAGUGACGUUUAGAGUCAUAAAAGGAAUGUUCCACAGAGGGUGUUUUUGAAUGAGUUCCUACCCACUCAUGGACUAGACUGUCUUUUUAGCCAUGUUCUCCCACACUCUCACCCUGACCACAGUACUGGCUAUGAUUGGCUUGAAAGCCAAUUUUUGUUUAAUCCAAAGUCUUUUGUUUUAAUGCCUGUGCUCAGCAAACCUCUGCUAUUUUAGGAAGGCUGUGCCUGUGAAGGUUCUGCAUGCGAAGCAAACACUCAAAGCCAAUUUCAUGCUGCUCACUUGGAAGAGCAAGGUACACUCAGUCACUCCACCAGACUUGCAGAUGCCAAGUAUCCUUGUCUCCUUCUGAAAUAUAAAUGGAAGUUGCACAAAGGUCAAACCAAAGUUUCCCCUGGCAGAAAGCUAGCACUGUCUUUCCUACGUAAUGGGCGCCUCUGAAGAAGCUGCUUGGAAAGCAAGAUAGUAUACACCAAGAUAGCCAGAGAGCUGGGUUGUAUGCUUCUGUUGAGGAAUUCCUGCGCAAGCAAAUGAUCACUGCAACAAGACCACACAUCCAAAAGGCCUUACCCUUUUUGCCAGUGCCCAAACUGUUCAGCAGCACCUGGAGAUUCAAGACUCCCUGGCCUUACUUGACAGAAACUGUGGUUAUCCCUAGUGAGAGUGUCUGAGUCUUUCCAGCACCCAUCAGCCCAAUGGAAGAAGUCAUCAACAGUGAGUCAACUCAUAAAGGAGUGGCUGAAAUUUUCUAACACUAUCCAGGUGACUGUAGUUGGAAAAAGUACACAGCCGGCCGGUACAGUUGGGAAAAACCUUUGAUCACUUUAGAAAAUUGAAAGAAUGGCAGGCACUUUUUACUAUCAACAUUUUUUAUAUAAAGGCAAAAUCUUUUUUUUUUUUGCAUAUGUUUUUUUAGUAGAGGGUUUCAUUUUAGCAGACAAUGCAUAACAUCUGUCUGCUCCUGGACGGAUCAUCCUCAUUUGAUAAUGCAGAUAUUGGAAGGGCUAAAAAUAUAACUGCUCCAAACAAGUAAUCAAAUAUGAACAUGUGCCUGUGCAGAUGAAUAUGUAUGGUCCAUGAGUUUGUGAUUAAUGCUCAGUGCUUAUUCUCCCAACACGUGUAAGAAGCAGGAAGAUCUCAAUGAGACAAAGGUGUGGUACAAUCACAUCAGCAAAGUUAUUAGCUUUCUGGACAGCUUUUUCCAUUAUGUAAAAGCUGUGUUUGUAUUAGAAUAGCAGUCAGACACACCAGUGUGAGGAUUACAGUUGGUUUUUAUAUAAUGGAUUAUCCAGAUUAAGCGUUUUAUUCAGGCACAUGAGCAAAAAUAACCAAUUAGUGACUUUGCAGAUUCAUUAUUUAAAGGCAGCUGGAGGGCAAUUGACACAAAACUCUCCUGCUGACUUCAGCCUGAAGACUGAAGCAGAGUAAUCUCAGGGAUCUUCAGCACCUCUACCCAACAGAAUGAAAUACGCACAAUACCUUUUCCUGGCAUCAAUCCUCUCCACGGUUGAAUAUAGCCUAGCUCAGACCUGUGCAGUGGACUCUUUCUCUGUGAAAGACAAUUUUGAUCCAAAAAGGUAUGCAGGGAAAUGGUAUGCCUUGGCCAAGAAGGAUCCAGAAGGCCUUUUCCUUCAGGAUAACAUCUCUGCUGAAUACACUGUUGAGGAAGAUGGCACAAUGACAGCUUCUUCCAAGGGCCGGGUGAAGCUUUUUGGGUUCUGGGUAAUCUGUGCUGACAUGGCUGCUCAGUACACAGUGCCAGACCCGACCACUCCUGCAAAGAUGUACAUGACGUACCAGGGCCUGGCGAGCUAUCUGUCAAGUGGUGGGGACAACUACUGGGUGAUUGACACCGACUAUGACAACUACGCCAUUACUUACGCCUGCCGCAGCCUGAAGGAGGACGGCUCCUGUGAUGAUGGCUACUCCCUGAUCUUCUCUCGCAACCCCCGUGGCCUGCCCCCCGCCAUCCAGCGCAUUGUGCGCCAGAAGCAGGAGGAGAUCUGCAUGUCUGGCCAGUUCCAGCCUGUGCUGCAGUCAGGAGCCUGCUAAGAGUAUAUUUCUGAUUCUACCCCUGAGCACAGAAGCCAGACCUCUUGGUACUGAAGCUGCCACUCAGCUAAUAAAUCAUAGUAGUGUGUUUUCUCUGAAAAACACAUGAAAAUGUUGGGGAUUUUGUAAACUGUGUGCAGUACAGUAGUGGUAUCUGAAUUUUCAAGGUAAUACCUAAUGUGGCAUUUGUCAAUAAAAGUUUUUAA